CAUCCAGAAGAACGCCUCCAUGGUGUUCCGCCGGCUCUUGCGCAAGCGUUGGGUUCUGGGGGUCGUGUUCGGAUUGUCGCUCAUCUACUUUCUCAACAGCACCCUCAAACAGGAGGAGCGAACCAUCCAUGAUCGGACCCUCCUGGAGGUGAGGGACUCAGAUCAUCACAUCCAGUGGAAGGUCCAGUUCAUCCUGGGCAACAGCAGCAGGCAGAUCUCCCAGUGCAGAAACUCUAUUCAGGGAAAGAUCCUUCUCACGGAUGAACUGGGUUAUGUGUGUGAGAGGAAGGAUUUACUGGUGAAUGGAUGUUGUAACGUUAAUGCUCCCAGCUCAAGCCAGUAUGUCUGUAAAAGCUGUCUGGCCAAUGGCUGUUGCAGCGUCUACGAGUACUGCGUUUCCUGCUGCCUCCAACCAGAUAAGCAGCCUCUUUUGGAGCGUUUUCUAAACCGAGCAGCAGAAGGGCUCCAGAACCUCUUCACCGCUGUGGAAGAUCAUUUCGAGUUGUGUCUUGCCAAGUGUCGUACUUCCUCACAGAGCGUCCAACAUGAAAACACGUACAGGAACCCGCAGGCAAAGUACUGCUACGGCGAGAGUCCACCAGAACUGCUGCCUAUAUGACUCUGUUUGCCAGCGAACCGGCUUGGAAUAAUGAAGGAGAUUUCUUGCAGGUCUUCUCAGGGGGGCCAAUAAAUGAUUAGUAAUCUGAGUGCACAAUCAUAAAGACUUGAAAGAGACUUUACGCUGCAUAAGUGCGUAGUAUCCGUUUUUACCUCAUCAGUGAUGAACAUCUGGUCAAAGACUUCGCCCAUUUCUUUUUUUCCACUUGUCAUGCUAAGAUUAGGCCAUUUUUUGGUAACCUGGCUAAUUUUAUUUUUGGGUGGGAUUCCAGGAGGAGUCAUUGUGUUGUUGCUUCAUGCUAAAAACACUCAUGGAAACACAUGGAAAGCACCUCAGACAAUUUGACAGCACUCCCUCACACCCAGGGUCUGUGUGAGGUCAGAUUUAUGUUUGCGACCUGCAUGUAUGUUAAUUUAAUAAAGUAAAUGUGAUUUUCUGUAGCUUUA